GUCCUUUACAUCGUCGCGCUGUCGUUGUCUCUCCACACUCUUUGUACCAUACAUUCAUUCUUGACAUACACGACGCACGAUGGACGACGACGCGAGGGUCCACGCUAGAGACUAUGCCACCACGGCCACCCGGCACGAGCCGCACGACGUGUAUGGCGCCGGCGCGGAGAACGUUGUGCUCGACUACUCCUCCGACCCCCAGCACGACCACGACGCCGAGAGCUACGACAUGCACCAUAUGGCACGGGCGGACUCGCGCACGCGCCUCGAGCCGGCGCCGGACAGCUACUCACUUCCCCCCGGUGCGGCCGGCGCGGCUGCGGCUGCGGCUGGCACGGCCCCGCAGCCAGCAGCAUUCCAAGUGCUCCCCUCGCGGCCGCUCCAGCACGCGGCAUACCCGCCCACGGCGGCGCCAAUCUCCAGCACCCCGCCCCCGCCGCGGCCAGUCAACCCCAACGCCCACCCGUCGGGCUUCACGACCGUGCCCCUCAACGACAUGAACCCGCUGCGCUCGGGCGCCAACUCGCCGUCCCAGGGCCACGGGAGCACGACGAGCCGCAGCCGGAACCCGUCCAAGCUCGGCUUUUUGCCCCUCGGUGCCGGGUCGAGCUCGACGCUCGACCACUCGCCCGAGGACCCCGAGAAGCGCGCCGGCCGCGCUGGGGCUCACGGUAAUGGCAGGAGGAGCGCGAGCUGGGACCGCCUCGGCACGCCCGACGCCGAGAGGGCAGAAUGGGAGAACUUUAACCCCGCCAACUCCAAGGUCCAGCGCCUGCGCUUUGCCGAGGGUGACGCGGGCAAGACCAAGCUCUCCCGCCUCUAUCUCUGGCUCCUGAACCGCGGCAUCGUCAUCCGCUGGUCCAUGUUCAUCAUCCCCAUCCUCGCACUCCUUUGGAUUCCCGGUAUCGUGGGCCUGACGAUGGACAGCGACCCCACCGUCUGGGGUGUGCCCUUGCUCUGGUGGUCCAUCUGGCUCACCGUCAUGUGGCUCGGCUUCUGGGCGUCCAAGGCCGCAUUCAUGAUCUUCCCCCACGUGUUCAGACAGACGAUCGCCGUCAUCAUUCCCAAUCUCAAGCAGUAUACCGACAUGGUUCGCAACCUCGGCAAAUACGCAAAGUUCAUCCUGUGGACGUUUAUCUGUUACAUCACCUGGCAGCCGCUCAUUGAGCGCCAGUGCGAGCACCCCAACGGCUCCAACAGCGCCAAUGCUCUCAGCAACAUUGAGAAGAUCCUUCUCGGCAUUGUCCUCUGUACAGUCGUUACUGGUAUCGAGAAGCUGCUUGUCCAGCUCAUCGCAUUCCAGUUCCACCGCGACUCGUAUGCCGACCGCCUCGACGAGCAAAAGUUCCAGAUCAAGAUCCUCACCACCUUGUACUCGUACUCCCACGACAUUCCCGGCAGGUCCGACACCCUGGCCGACUCGGCCUCGACCACCACAAAGGGCACGCGCACCCCCAAGAUUGCUAUCCGUAAGGCGCUCCGAGGCAUCAAGUCGGCCGCACAGAGCACCACCAACGCGUUCGGCAACGUCGCGUCCGAGAUGACGGGCAGCUCCGUCCUCCAGACCAACUCGCCGUCCAACAAGGUCAAGGCCGCCAUCUCGUCGUCCAACAAGAGCAAGGCGCUCGCCCGCCGUCUGUACUACUCGUUCAGACAGCCCGGCACCGACCACCUCACCAUUGCCGACAUUGCCCGCUUCUUCCCCGACCUCGAGACCGCCGAGCGCGCAUUCAACCUCUUUGACCGCGACGGCAACGGCGAUGCCACGCGCGAUGAGAUUGACGCGGCUGUGCUGGAUGUCCACCGCGAGCGCAUGUCCCUCGAGGCGUCGAUGCGUGACGUCGACGGCGCCGUCUCGCGUCUCAACGACAUUCUCAUGUUCCUCGUCCUCGCCCUCUGUGCCCUUAUCAUGAGCGCCAUGAUCACGAGCCGUAUCGCCACGUCAACCUUUAUCGCGUCCACCGGCACCUUCAUCCUCUCGCUCUCGUGGAUGAUCGGAACGACCAUGCAGGAGAUUCUCCUCUCGUGUAUCUUCCUCUUCGUCAAGCACCCCUACGACGUUGGAGACCGCGUCGACAUUGACGGCAAUAGCUACACUGUCGCCAAGAUGGAGCUCAUGUCGACGAGCUUCAAGCGCGUCGACGGCAAGUUUGUUUGGAUCGGCCACAAUGUCCUCGCCCUCAAGGUCAUUGAGAAUGUCCGCCGCUCUGGCCCCACCUCGGAGACGUUUGUCUUUGACGUCGCGUUCGACACUACGUUUGAGAAGCUUCAGGCUCUCCGCGCCAAGAUGCUCAAGUUCUGCAAGGACAACUCGCGUGAUUUCUUGCCCAUCUUUGACGUGAGCGUCGACGACAUUCCCCAGCAGGGCAAGAUGGUCCUCAAGGCCGACAUCCGCUACAAGUCCAACUGGCAGCAGGGUGCGCUCAAGGUGCAGCGCCGCAACAAGUGGGUGUGCCAGCUCAAGAUCUGCCUCGCCGAGCUCAAGAUCUGGGGCCCGGCCGAUGCUGGAGACCCGAGCCCCCCUCCUCCCGACGCCAUCCGCUACACGCAGGUGCCCUGGGAGGACGUGCUGGCUGCAGAGCAGGAGAAUGCCACUCCUACUUCCCCGCCUCCCACCUUCCACGCGGCCACUGGCGGCAACCUCGUACACCGUCGCAACGACUCGUCGCUCGACAUUUGGGGCGAGCACACCUACGACCACGACGAGUCGGUUCCGCCUAGCCGGAUGCCGUCGCCUGGUCCUGACCGUGGCUUCCAGCUUGGUACGCCAACUCGCCGCCCGCACCACGACCUGCCGCAUGGCACGCAUCCUCCGACUAGCUACCCUGGCGCACGGGUCUAGGUGCGAGGUGCGAGCCGCAAUGUUGCUGCGAGCCUUGUGAACCACGCGCCACAGCCACAGAGCACACCUUGACUGGGGUGCGCCACACUGACCUCGCGGGCGAGGCCAGUUACUCCUACUAGACUGUUGCGAAAAACCUCAUCAACCCUCAUCCCCCUGCCACCUAACCCACUUCAUGAACCCCACCAAAACCAACCACCCUGCAAUCUCCCCAUGUUUGAACAUGACACUGCCUCGUAACUUAUGCAUUUGUGACCUUUUAA